UUGAAAUUUUGUUUGAAAAAUAAUUAUGUCGAACGUAGUUAAGGAAAGUUUAAUUCAUAAAGGUUACUCACAUUCAGAGACGCACUCGAUUGUUUAUGAGUGGACAAUUGAUCACAUAUCCUCAUUCCUUAGAUCUGCUAAGAGUCAAAAUGAAAGAGAAAGAAAUGAUAUAAUAGUUUCACCCAAAUUUUUAACUGGUGGCAAAAACAAAAAUACAUGGUGCCUGGAACUUUCAAUUGAAAAGCAAAACGACGAACCAGAACAUUAUUCAUGGGUAUCAUUACAUUUAUUAAGGCCAUGUAAUGGAAGAAGAAAUGUCCGCACAAAAUUUUUCUUCUUUUUCGUUAAUACGCAGAAGGAGAAAAUAAUGAGAGAUUUUGAAACUUACCAUCACCCAGUGGAAGAUGGGUAUCUUAUACACUUUCCCUUCGAUAGGUUUUGUGGGUAUGAGUGUGCCCGUUUUGUAAAAAUAGACAAGUUGUUGGAAAAAAUCAGUCAAUGGUCACAAAAUGAUACUUUAACAAUUGGUCUCGAUCUGAUUGUCUACGAUGAUUAUGUAUCAAACGAUCCUUCGAUAAGUCCAUUGAAAGCGUCCUUGCGAACAAUAGGUGACGACUUUAAAGACUUUUUUGCUGCUAAGAAGAAAUGUGAUGUCAAAAUUCAAGUCGGUAGUGAAAUAUUUGACGCUCAUAAGGUCAUUUUAAUCGCACGAAGUUGUGUAUUCGAUGCUAUGUUUUCACACGACAUGAAAGAGAGCGAAGAAAAUGAAAUAACUAUUCCAGAUGUUGAUCCUGUAGUCUUCAAGAAAGUUCUUGAUUACAUCUACACAGACAAAGUUGAAGAUCUAGACACUUUUGCUGAGGAAUUAUUAGAAGUGUCUGAUAAAUAUCAGCUUUUAGCACUGAAAGAAAUAUGUGAAGAAUCUUUGUCAAGAACUAUAUCUGUUGAAAAUUCCAUCAGAAGACUGGUUCUAGCUGAUCGUCACAAUUCGGAAAGAUUGGUGAAAUUUACAAAUAAUUACAUAGUUGUCAAGUUGGCUAGUUUAAGAAAUACUGAAGAGUAUAAAGCACUGGAAGAGUCUUAUCCAGCUUUAUUUUUGGCUAUACUCAAGGAACACGUGGCUAGAAUUGGAACUGAUUGAUGUACUGCUGCUUGAGGUUCAUAUUUUUUGUUUGAUUGUGUAUAUAAAAAGAUAUCAAACUACAAAAAAAGGGACCACACAAUAUGCCUUGUUG